AUGUCACAAUAUCAAGAUACAUCUGCUUCUAAAAAUACUAAGUCUACUCCAAAAUUUAGUGUUCCUCCCAUGGGCGUCCCUGAUGAUGAGAUUCUGGAUGUUGUUUCUCUCUCUGUUAUUCCCGCCGCAGACAUUGAUUUGAACCAACCCAUCUCCAUUGAUGCCUCCGCUUCUACAUGUUCCAAUCAAGGUAAUCCCUCUAGUAUUCCGUCUGGUUCAACUCCUGUCACUAAGAAUAAGGAAGGAACACAUUAUACUAAUUGUGUUAUAAUAGACAUAGUUACUAGAAUUCUUAAUGAAGGCCACUCUACGAAAGGGGUUUCUACUCCCCUUGCUCAAAUGUAUCCCCCUCUUGAGGUUGAACAACCUAGUGGUAAGGGUGAUGAUUCCUCCAGUUCUGGAAAGGGCUUGGCUGCUGAAGGUUUGCGCUCUCUAGGGCAAACCGUGUCUGACAAAGGGAAAUUUGUGGCCUCUAACACGGCUAAUGCUUCCCACUCUGAGAAGCAUGAUGAUGCAAAUGUUGUGAUUGAUCUAGAGGAUGGUAGCUCUGAUGAUCAAGAGGAAAGCUUGAUUCAUCACAUAAAGCCAAGUGUGGCUAAAUGCAUGAAGACUCACAAAGGAAAAUCUGUGGCUGAACUUAUGUCAGCUAGAAAAGCUAAGAAGACUGCUGGCAUUGGUCCCUCCAAACCAUGGAGCAAGGUUGAAAUAAAGAAGAGGAAGAAAACUACUAUUAGGAAGUCUCCUGUUAAAGUACCUGUUGUUCAUUUGGAUAACAUCUUCUUCCAUCUUGAGGAUGGAGCUGCCAAGUGGAAACUUGUGAUUCAGAGAAGGGUAGCUGUGGAAAGGGAAUUGGGAAAAGAUGUUGCUGAUGUCAAGGAGGUCAUGGACCUGAUACAAGCUGUUGGGCUUUUGAAGACUGUUGCUAGGUUCUCUGAAUGCUAUGAAGGUUUAGUCAAGGAAUUUAUUAUUAAUAUUCCUGAGGAUAUUUCUGAUAAGAACAGCAAGGAGUUCUGCAAGGUGUAUGUGAGGGGCAGAAAUGAUGAGGGUGCAGGAGAAUUAGAGGUUAUAGACAAUCAGGUCUGUAGGGAGAUUACAACUAAGCAGGUGAAAGAUUGGCCUUUUAAAAAGCAUCUUCCUGCUGGGAAGUUGACUAUCAAGUAUGCUAUUCUGCAUAAAAUAGGAGCUGCUAACUGGAUCCCUACCAACCAUAUCUCCACCAUUGCUAAUACUCUUGGGAGGUUUAUUUUUGUUGUUGGGACAAAAGUGAAAUUUGACUAUGGUAGAUAUAUGUUUGAUCAAAUCAUCAAGCAUGCAACUACUAAUGCAGUUAAGCUGCCAAUUGCUUUUCCCUCUAUGAUCUGUGGAAUUAUCUUGAAUCAACAUCCUGUCUCAAAAGUUGGAGCAAUUGCUGAGCUUAAGGAGACAUGCAAAGAGGUAGGUGAAGAGAUUAGGGUAGCCACAGCUAGAAAACAAUCUUUGGAAGCCUUGAUUGAAAGCUUGGAGCAGGUUGAGGGUGAAAAUGUUGAACAUGCUAAUGUCAGCCAUGAAGAAGAAGCUGAAGCCCACACCUCUAGUAAGAGGUCUGCUAACAAUGAUGAUGCGAGUGGCAAUUCUGCUUCUAGUGCUGCUGAAGAGGCUGCAAACUCAAGCUCUAUUGAGUAG